AUGGUCCGAUUUACAAAUUUCAAAUCCUCUCCACAACCCAAAGAAUCUCACAAAUAUGAGAUGAGUGGAGUUUUGUGUAAAAUGGGAGAGGUCAACAAGUCAUGGAAGGAACGAUUUUUCAUAUUGGAAGAUGAUAAAUUAUUUUACUACAAGAAUAAUGAAGCAACAAAAGCAAUUGCAUACAUUCCAUUGAAUGAUGCCUAUGUACGAGUGUCGCCAGAAUUUUAUCCCAAGUUGGCUUGUUUUGAAAUUGUGACUGCACAGAGAAUUUAUAAAUUGCAAGCAGCAAAUUUUGAAUUGAUGAAAACGUGGAUUCACCAUUGUCAAACAUUUAGCAAGAUUAGUAUGGAAAAUGAAUUGAUACGGCAAGCUGACAUUCAGAUAUGUGCUACUGAAGCUGCUUAUUCAAAAAAGUUAUUGGAAGAGUUGCAUUUCGAACCCAUGCCUUUGGACAAUUUUUAUUUUGUUUGCAAAUAUGAGGAUGAUGAUAAUGAUCUCUUAGAGGGUGUCACGACGACUCCAUUGGAAGUAGAAAACUCGAAAGAAUCCAACAUUACCAAUGCCACAAGAACUAGACAUAGAUCUGCAGCCAUGAAUUUAUCCUUUAGCAGUCAAUUGUCACACUUGAUAAAUUCAGAAUCCUCAUCAUCAUUGAAUGCAAGUAGCAGUGUCAUAAUAUCCAAUGAUGAACAAGAAUUCGUAGAAGACAUGUUACCUAGUACUCCACAAAACAAAGCCAAUGUUUCCAUCAACUCCACUUCACCCUCCUCUGAUUAUUCUGUCCCUCCCACAUCCUCACUCAUGCAGUCAUCCUCUCUUCUUUUAUCUUCCUCACUCAUUGAGGGCAAAAUCAAGAAUUAA